AUGGUUAAUAGCCAAAUCUCAGAUGUUUGUCAAUGUACACCAAAUGGCAACGACGAAACAAAUGGGUUUUCCCAAACCAAUGGAUUCAGUUGUUUAGAUAAAUAUUUACAAGUGUUUUGUUUUAAUAAAGAUUUUACCUUUUCAAGUGGGUCGAAAUUUUAUAAAAUUAUUACACAAAGUUCUCUAACUUUCAAUACAUCUGGAUUUAAUUCUGAAAAUAUUUGUGAAUUGUGCAAAAAUGGGUAUUAUUUGAAUGAUGAUUUUGAGUGUGAACCAUUUCAAAACUGCUGUGUUAUUGGUGAUAAAAAUACAUAUUACAAAUGUUUAAAUGAUAAAGUGUUGGACAAAAAUGGCAAUUGUAUUUUAAAUAUCAAUUGCAUAGUGUCAAAUGGUAAUUCUUGUUUAAAAUGUUCAUCAGGAGAUAUGAAAAAAGAGUGUAACAAUUGUGGGGACGACAUUUGUUAUUUUUGUGAAAAUGAAAUGUGUUUAAUUUGUUUUAAAAACCAAUUUCUCAAUGAGUUGGGGUUUUGUGGGAAUGAUGGAAUAUCACAUGUAAUAGGAAAUAAAGUACUUUAUUGUACUGAUGGUUCAUUUAUUUCAAAUUCUACGUGUCAAAAGUGUGUUCAAAAAGAUAUAAAUUCAAUUAGUUGUGACAAAACACAAUCAACUUCUUGUAAAACCAAUUACUAUGCAAAUUCAGAUGGAGAAUGUGAGUUAAAAUAUUGUGCAUUAAAUGAUAAUAAAGACCAAAAUGGAAAGUGUGUUACAAAACACGAAAAUUGUUCAUCAUAUGUUAAUCAGAAAUGUGUUGAAAGCCAUGAAAAUUAUAACAUGAAUAAUGAGAAAAAUUGUGUAAAAAUGACAGAAAUUUUGAUAGAUAACUGUGUAAAAAUGGAUAUUUGGGGGUGUUUGAUUUGUGAACCAGGAUAUUAUAAUAAUGACAAUAACUGUGUUAAAUGUGAUAAAAUAUACACUUCUUGUGUAUCAAAAGCAGUAUGGUGGAUUAUUUUGAUUAUAGUUAUAUUUUGUCUUUUAAUGAUUGUUUUGGUCACCACAACACUUGUUUUCUUGUUUAACAUAAUCCAAAAUAGUAAACGAAAAAAUGAAUUGGAAAAAACCACUACUGUUUUUUCUAUUAAAAAAUCGAAUAUUUGUUUUAUUCCAAUUGGCAAUGGGUUAGGUGUGAAUACGACAGAAAUUAAUUUUAAUAAUAAAGAAAAGGUGAAUGUCAAUGAAAAACUCCGUGAAUUGUUAUGUGUUGGGAACACCACAAAACACAACGUGAAAAUCCAAAUCUCAUAUAAAUCUUCAGAAAAAUUUAUAUUUGAAUCCAACCCACAAAUUAUAUUUCUAGGGGAAGGGGAAGCUUAUGAAUUUGAGAUAUUUGUCACACUUUAUUAUGAAUUAAAAGUUGAAAAGAAACUUGGUGAAGGUUCUUUUGGAAUUGUUUACAAAGGGAAAUACAGAGGAAAUGUUGUUGCAAUUAAAAAAUUAAAAAGUCUAAGUGAUUAUGAAAAUGUUGUAACAGAGUUUGAGAAGGAAGUUGAUAUGUUGGUGAAAUUUAGAAGUGAAUAUAUAGUGCACUUCUAUGGAGCUGUUUUUAUACCAAGCAAAGUGUGUAUUGUCACUGAUUUUUCUCAACAUGGAAGUUUGAACGACUUGAUAAAUCACAAAACAAGUGAUGAAGCUAAGAUUAUAAUCCGUUUAAAAAUAAUGAUAGACGCAUUUAAAGGAAUUCUAAUUAUUAUUAUGCUGCUGACAAACAUGACAUUCACAAAGGGAAUUGGGACACCAAAGUAUAUGGCACCUGAAAUUUUCAAACAAGAUAAAUACAAGAAGCCAGCUGAUGUAUAUUCGUUUGCGAUUACUAUGUUCGAAUGCUUUAAUUGGCAAAAAGCCUACUCUAAUAUGGAGUUCAAGUUUUCAUGGAAAAUCGCCGAGUUUGUUAUUUUCGGCCAUAGACUUGAUAACAAUCGAAAUAUACACCAUAAAAUAUAUAUGAUUAUUCAAAAGUGUUGGAUCCAAAAACCUAACGAUCGAAUCGAUAUAGAAAAUGUUAUAAAAGAACUUCAGGAUGUUUCAAUUUAA